AUGCCAUAAUUGAAAGACCAAAAGGCUGUCGAUGAAGAAGGAAAAUUUGAAUUCGAUACUUCACAAAAAAAGUUUUUCAUCUUUGUGUAACCGGAGACGGAGAAAUAAGAUCUCGAUAUUAGAAAGGAGAACGGGCAACAUGCACUGUUGGUAGGAUUUUACUAGAAAUAUAAAAAAUGUUUAUAGAAUUGA